GUGACGUAGGUAGCUGAAAACUUAAAACGAUACAGCACUUCAGGGUUGGGGCUAGUGUUAUUGUUCGAUUUGAAGAUUUUGGGGGAAGCCGAGACUUUGCUAAUAUUGUGGAGAAUGUAAUCGAUAAUCAGAAGUGUGACCUUAUUAAAAUCUAGGCGCACACAUGCCUCGCCUAGAUGCUUUUUUCCAUAUUAUAGCAGCAUAUUUAGGCAGGCUGAGGUAAGCUAGCAAGCUCGGUCCUAAAGAAGCCGAUGGAUGCGAGGGUGUCGGAGUUAUUUGGGUCAGCAAGCGGGCACAGCUCCGGUGGAUCUCAGGGAUCUACGUCUAACUACAAGCCAGGAAAUGGCAACGGGGUUGUCUCGAAAAAGACUGGUGCAAAGAACAAGAAAGCAAGAACUCGAUUUCCUCGCAACUUCAAACCGAGCAAUAACACCCCAUAUCUGCCCCCAGAGGCUGAAGAGGGAAACAUAGAAUACAAGCUAAAGCUGGUGAACCCCACACAAAACCGCUUUGAGCACCUGGCAACACAAAUGAAAUGGCGACUGCAGGAGGGUCGGGGCGAAGCCGUCUAUCAAAUAGGAGUCGAGGACAAUGGCAUGCUGGUGGGACUGUCAGAGGAGGACAUGAGAGCAUCGCUGAAAACGCUCCAUAGGCUGGCCGAGAAAGUGGGAGCUGACAUUGCAGUUCUUCGAGAACAAGAGGUAGAAUACGACGCUGAUAUUCCUCGGAAGAUUGCUGAAGUUCUCAUACGAAAGGUGCCAGAUGAUCAGCAGUUCCUAGACCUACGAGUGGCAGUCCUGGGUAACGUGGACUCUGGUAAGUCCACUCUGUUGGGUGUUUUAACACAAGGCGAGCUGGACAACGGCCGGGGAAGAGCGAGACUCAACCUCUUCAGGCACCUGCACGAAAUCCAGACUGGGCGCACAUCAAGCAUCAGCUUUGAGAUCCUCGGCUUCAACAGCAAAGGAGAGGUGGUAAAUUACAGCGAGUCUCGCACUGCAGAGGAGAUCUGUGAGAGUGCCUCUAAAAUGAUCACGUUCAUCGAUCUGGCCGGUCACCACAAGUACCUGAAAACCACCAUUUUUGGCCUCACCAGCUACUGUCCAGACUUUGCUAUGCUGGUCGUCAGCGCAAACACUGGCAUCGCCGGUACGACAAGAGAACAUCUGGGUCUCGCCAUGGCCUUGAAGGUCCCCAUCUUCAUCGUUAUCAGCAAAGUAGACCUCUGCACCCGAGCCACUGUGGAGCGCACGGUGCGGCAGCUAGAGCGUUUCCUGAAACAGCCAGGCUGCAACAAAGUGCCCAUGGUUGUUGGCAGCACCGACGACGCAGUCACAGCAGCACAACAGUUCGCCCAGUCGCCCAGCAUCACACCCAUCUUCACCUUAUCCAGUGUGACUGGUGAAAGCUUAGACAUGCUCAAGGUCUUCUUCAACAUCAUCCCUCCUCUCAGCAACAGCAAAGAGCAGGAAGAGCUUAUGCAACAGCUCACAGAGUUUCAAGUGGAUGAGAUCUACACAGUUCCAGAAGUGGGGACAGUGGUGGGAGGCACUCUGUACAGUGGAAUAUGUCGAGAGGGGGAUCAUCUUGUAGUAGGACCCACAGAGUCGGGCCAGUUCCACAAGCUGACCGUUGGCAGCAUCCAAAGAAACCGCUCGGCGUGCAGGGUGCUCAGGGCGGGCCAGGCUGCAACUCUUGCUCUGGGAAACUUCGACCGCUCACUAUUACGCAAGGGUAUGGUAAUGGUGAGCCCAGAGAUGAAUCCUACUAUCUGCUGGAUGUUUGAGGCUGAGAUUGUCCUGCUUUUCCAUGCCAAGACCUUCCACAAAGGCUUCCAGGUUACUGUGCAUAUUGGAAAUGUGAGACAGACCGCCACAGUGGAAGCUCUUUAUGGCAAGGAGGAGCUGAGGACAGGCGAACAAGCAGUGGUUCUCUUCAAGUUCAUCAAACACCCUGAAUAUUUGAAGGUGGGGGCUAAGAUGCUCUUCAGGGAGGGCGUGACCAAAGGUAUUGGUCAUGUCACCAACUUGCAACCCAUUUCUUAUCACCACCAACAUUUUCAAAGGCAGGAUGAGAAAGCCUGAAGUUUGUUUUUAGACCAUCACAGCUUUGAAAACUCAGUCCCAUCCCUAAGAAAACCCCCCAAAAAACAAAACAAGGUGCUUUACGGACUGCAUCACGCCUCUCAAAGGCCUUUUGGACCUCUGCUAGCAAAGUAAACAUCUGCUGCCGGA